GCUGAGCCCACACUGGAAACAGAGGACCGAGGGAGCCGAUGGAAGACAGAAAAUCAGCAGGUGUGGAGCAUGAGAAUAACCCGGAGAAGGACAAAGCUGGGUGACCUGCCUUGGCCCAACAUCCCUGGAGCCUCAGCCAGAUUUCAGCCUUUUAGGACACAACUGACACCCGGGGUGCAUGGUGCUCCAACCAGUCAACACUGCCAAGGUGUCCAGAGGAAACGGCUGGCAUCUGUAGCUACUACCCACUAUGUCUUGGCCAGCUGGAGAAACAGAGGCAACUUCACUAAAUCUCAUAGGGUCAUCCUCUCCAUAAUGACCAGUGAUGAUCUGUCUUCCUCUCUGUCCCCAGCUCUACCUCUUCUGCCACAUGUCACCAUGGCAGCACCUCUUGACCCGGUGUCUGACCCAGGGACAGAAAUGAGCCUCUUGGAACUCAACCAGGAGCUUCAGUCCAAGCUGGAAGCAAGCCAGCAGGACAUCCGAGACCUCAGAGAGAAAUUCCUUGUAUCCGAAGCUACUGCCUACUCCCUGGCCAACCAGCUGCAGAAAUAUAAGUGUGAAGAGUUGAAAGACAUCAUCGAAUCCGUGCUGGGGGAGACGCUGCAGUGUAAGCAGGGGAAGUUGGCAGAGACCUUGACCGAGAAGCUCAGGCAAUAUCAUAUCCUGAUUAAAGCUCAGGCUGCAGAGCUGACCCAGUUGUGGCAGAAGUUACGGGAAGGGAGAGAAGUUUCUGAGCCAGUCGAUCAGCACCUCAAGGACCUCCUCACCCACCAUGACCCCGAGCGUUCCCAAGGCCAGGGCUUCCAGGAGCAAGUGGCCGAGAGACACAGGCUGGCAGAGUGCCUUGCCCGCCAGCUCAGCCCCGAAGAUGAGGAGGAGGAGGAGGAGGAGGAGGAGCAUGAACAAGCAGAAGAAUCCCUCACCACCAGCAUGGAGCUUCCGGAAGCUGAAAAGAAGGAAAAGAAGGAAGUCCUCCAGGACACGCUGAAUGAAUGUGUUUUGACUCCUUCCAUUGGCCAAGAAGGGCGUGACUGCUACCAGCCUUACAGGGAUGGCACGUUCCCAUCGGAUAAACAGGAAUUCGGCUCUGCUCUGGAUGUAGCCUGUGAAUGCUCCCAUUCCAAAGGGGAUGAAACUCCACCCGGUUCCCCAGACAACCAAAUGGGUCACGAGCGGCUGAAAGGGCGAGAGUCAGAUGCCCCCAGGCUCAGUAGACAGCUGCUAGAGGUGGUGGAGGAGGAAAUCACAUGGGACUCUCUGGAUGAACGCUACUGGACAUAUUCGGUUCUUCCUGACCUGUCUGACUCCUACUGGCCUUACAGGAGCACCGCCAUCUUCUUCCCUGAGGAACUGGAAGUCUCUUACGCUCUGGAAAUGGCCAAAAAUCAGACCCAUCAAGAGGAGGAACAAGAGCAAGACCUGACAUGCGCCAGGCUCGGCAGGGAGCUGCCGGAGAGUGCAGAGCAGGAUGUCCAACAGGACUCACUGGAUGAACGCUAUUUGACUUACUCAGCUCUUCCUGACCCGUCUGAUUCCCCCUGGACACACAGGAGGGCCAACAUCAACUCAUAUGAGGAUCUGGAUGUCUGUCCUGCUCUGGAAGUAGCUAGCAAUCAUAAUGAUCUUUGCGAUGAAGAAGACCAGGACCCGAUAUGCCCCAGCAACACCAGGCUCUGCAGGGAGCUGCCAGUGGCCCCAGAGGAUGAAGUCCCACAGGACUCAGUGGGGGAAUGUAAUUUGACUCCUUCCGUUGGCCAUGACCUGUCAGACACCUAUAGGCCUUAUAGGAGUGCCUCAUUCACCUUUGAUAAACAGGAAGUCUUCUUGGGCGUGGAUGUAGAUGCCCCGAUGCAGGUGCCCGGUCCCCAAGGGCCAUCGAGUGGAAACUUGACUUUCCCAAGGCCGGAGGUGCAAGCUUCACAAGCACCGCCACAGUCAAAUACCCAGGUGGCCAAUUCUGUGCCAGGGCAGCCGGACCAGCAGUUGGCUUGUGGUGACGGCAGAGCCAGGCUCCGCCCCUCCCCCGCCAUCAGGAGACUGGCAGCCAUGAUGGUUUCUGGGAGCCAACGGCCGCUCUUCCAAGAGCAGGGUUUGGAAGCUUCCAUGGGUGUGAAGAACCCUCCCAAGCUGGAGGGUGACGCUGCUGAGGGCUCGGUGGCCAACCAGUGUGCAGGUCAAGUCUCUGGCCACGUUAAUGCCCUGGGUGUGAUGAAACAGAAGAUGAUCAAGAGAAAAGUGCAGUUCGGCGAGGGCAGACUCGCGUGCAGAUUCCGUGGCCUUCAAGCAUAGGGCACAGAGAUACCAAGGACUCCAGGAACUAAGAAAAGAUACUCCUCAUUUAAACGAAACCCCAUCAUAAAACCCCAUCAUUCUCCACUUGCUGAAAAGAACUCUAAAGCAGCAAAUCAAGCUAAAGCCCAAACAGAACAUGCGAGGGAUCCUUUGCUGAGAAUCGACAUCUCGAUCACAAGCCACUCUCUGGGAUUUUUACUCCAAAAGUCUGGUUUGAUGAGAGGAAUGCUCGCUCUUCUGACUCCAGUCGUGAUAAGUCGCCGAGGCAACCAAUGCCGAGCCCACACGCCCUUGUGAGACACCUUCAGUCUGGCUCCUCUCCAUUCCAUCCUGCGGAUAAGCGGAGGCUGGA